CUUCAUGUUGUAACCGGGCCACAGCACCGUCGUACACUUUACUAUGAUCCAUAUAUAUGAAUUGUCUACGCGGCUUAGUACCUCUAGUCUAGUGUCUAUCUACCGCAAUCAUGUCUUCGAGCAAGCCGCCGUCCCAAUUCCUUCUUCUAUCCCAGCCUCGAACCGGAUGCCAUCUUCUAGAGCGCAUGCUCUCCCGGCAGUCCAGCAUCAACACCUACCUCCAUCAUCCCUUUGGAUCGAUACCCCGGUAUCCGCGAAACUGGCUACUAAUCGAGCCUCUUGGCCCGAUACCGGCAGCUCUUAACGACAAACACAAGUUUCGGAUGGAAAGAGGGUCGAAAGAAUGGGGAGCAAAGCUAGAGACGGCGCAAAGAGAGGGAAAAGCCCUCUACGUGCAUUUCCAUCCGCUCUUUACCAUGCAAACCGACGAGGUCUUUCGAUACGUCACUACUGCCUCUGACCCCACCGUGCCAACAUCAAGAAACAACCCGACUCUGAUUCCAGAUCACCUCCUUCUCCAUCCUAGAACAGUUCCCGUGUUCACCAUUCGAAACCCGAUCUUACAGGUCUCUUCAGCUUAUCGCAUUGCCCUCAGUGUCUUUGGGGGAGCCACUUACGCAAAUUGUCUCGCCGGGACAGCAGGCCGCUGGACACGCCUUUUCUACGAUUGGUACCUUGCCCACGGCGUACGCCCUAUCGUGGUUGAUGCGGACGAUUACAUGUCCAACGAAGCAUUUGUUCGGUAUUUGUGUGAGAUAACGGGUUUGGAUCCACAGGAGGUACUUACACGGUGGGAGAAUGAGGAGGAAAGAGGGCGUGAGCUAGAGAGGACGUACAGUGCUGUACAGAAAACGCUGCUAGCCUCACGGGGCCCAGAAGCUCGGCGGGCAGCGAAGAAUGUGAACCUCAAGGAAUUGGAGAGUAGAUGGGGCGAGGAGUUUGGUAGCGAAGGUGCAGAGAUGCUACGAGGAAUCGUGAGGGCGGUCAUGUCCGAUUACGAAUACUUGAGACAGCGACGAUUGGUCUUGCCUGGUGCCAGAAUGUAAACGCCGUGAUCUUUGACGGGCCGUUGCAAUCAAAGCUGCUUACAAGGCUGCGCUCAAACCUUCCCCGGUCUGGCUGUGAAUUUGCUUCUUCCUCGUGGCCCAGCUCUUCGCAUGCUUCUUAGUACGACUACAACUCGAGUCUUCAGCCGCCAUAUAGCGAAUGUAGUGUCCUUAUGCCUCCCAAAGCCGUAGACAACGAACCACAUCAAUCACGCAAAACACAAUAAGGCAGGGUGAGACGGAAG